AUGGAUAGCUGCCACCAUUUCCCAUGUGUAGAAGGAUGCCAAUGCGAACCUGGGUUUGUGCUGAGCGGCAUCGACUGUGUGCCUCCAGAGCAGUGCGGCUGUAGCUACCAGGGCCAAUAUUACCUGAAAGGGGAAACCUUCUGGGAAGGAGAACAUUGUGAAAACACAUUCCACUGUGAUGGUGCUCUCUAUAUUGUUGAUACUAUUGGACCUUCUUGUGGCUCCGGACAAUUCUGUGGUGCCCAGAAGGGGGUGUAUGGCUGCCAUGCACCGUCAGAUGGCACCUGUGAAGUUUCUGGGUUUCUCCACUACACCACCUUUGAUGGACGCCAUUAUAGUUUCCAGGGCACCUCCAAGUACGUCUUGGUGGAACUUUGUGGGGUGUCCAACUCUUUACCUUCUUUUAGAAUUGAGGUGAAGAAUGAGAAGCUUCCCAAUAGUCCUUUAUCUGUGACUUCAGAAGUUUUUGUGCUGAUGAACAAUACACAGAUAUAUCUGCAGAGAGGGCACCAUGGAACCGUCAAGACAUGUGGGCUCUGUGGGAACUUCAACGGAGACCUUUAUGAUGACUUUGUCCUGCGAAAUGGCUCCAGAACAAAGGAUGCCUUGGAUUUGGCUCUAGACUGGAGAUCAGAAACCGUCCCUGGUCCUGUCUGCCAGGCCAAUAGUCACUAUGAGCUCUGCGGGGCUCCCUGCCAGGACUUCUGCUUGCAUGCUCAGAUCCAGCCCAACUGCCUUGGGAUGUGCUCCGAAGGGUGUUUCUGUGACAGUGGAUACCUGCGCAGUGGGGACAGCUGCAUCCCGGAGGAGCAAUGUGGAUGCCUGCACAAUGGACUGCAUUAUAAGGUUGGGGACCAUGUCUGGCUGGCUGGUUGCCACCAGCGGUGCAGCUGCAAUGGCCCUUCAGACUUCCACUGCGUCGCAGCCAGCUGUAACCCCGGCCAGAAGUGUGGUGUGAAGGAUGGGAAAUUGGGCUGUCAUCGUCAGCAGGGGACCUGCAUGGUGACUGGGGAUCCUCAUUACUUCACCUUCGAUGGGGCCAUAGUGCAUUUCCAGGGCACUUGCACCUACGAGAUCUCCAAGACUUGCCACGCCUCCUCCCCCUUUUUCUUUCGUGUUGUUGCAGAGAACAGGCAUCAGGGGAACCCUCGGGUGUCUUUUGUGACCCAAGUAGAAGUCUGGCUCAAGAGCGGCGCACUUAGCUUUCAUAUUGUCCUAGGGAAUGGCCAAGUAGUAGAGGUCAACCAGGAAAGGGUGCAACUGCCCCACACCAUGGGACUGAUGGGCUCCAUUUCCAAGAUCAAAAAUAUGGUAACCAUAAAGGCAAUAGCCAAUGUGGAGAUCCAGUAUAAUGGCCGCCACACUCUAUUUGUCCAUGUGGGGCCGGAGUACCAGGGCCACCUGUGUGGGAUGUGUGGCAAUUUCAAUGGCAUCCAUGGGGAUGAUAAAGUCCUGCCUGGUGGGAAGGCAGCUCAGAAUGACUCAGAGUUUGGGAAUGCCUGGAAAACAGACGUCAGCCCAGCAGGGUGCUUGGAUGACUCUGCAGUGCUAAAGCCCUGCAAAGACCCCCAAGAAUACGAAGAGCUCUGUGGUGCCCUGGUUAGCCAAUCAGGACCAUUUGCCGAGUGCCACUGGCAUGUGGACCCUUCCCUGUUUUAUUCGGCCUGCCUCUAUGACUUGUGCCACUAUGGGAUGGUGAAUGGGAUGCUAUGCAUGGCCCUCAGUGCCUAUGAGGAGAUGUGCCUCCUUCAUGGGGUCCACCCUGGUGGUUGGAGGGCAGCUGCUCAUUGCCCUGCAACGGAUCCCUGCAUUGACUUAGCAUGUGGAGAGAAUGAGUGGUGUGGAGCGAAGAAACGGGACUGGGGAUGCUACUGCCGCCACGGUUAUGGCCCUACCAAAAGGGCUGCUUAUGAUUACAGGUUGGCCUGCAGCGGCAGCGAUAGUGCUGUCUCCCUCUCACGCUGUCUGCUCUUCACUGACGGAUUCCCCGCCAAGGGGCUGCACCUGGCAGAUCCCACGUGCAUUGGCACACUUGUUGGAGACAGGCUGGUCUUCUACUUUGAUACCGUGCAGAAGACCUGUGGGACCACAGUGGAGGUCAACGCAACUCAUGCCAUCUACUCCAACGUGGUGCAGGGCCAUGUAGAGAACACCUACGGAGGGGUGAUCAGCAGAGACCGGUUCCUCUUCCUGAGCUUCUCCUGUGCCUACCCACUGAACAUCAACCUUUCCAUGGCAUCUGCCAUCCAGCCCAUCCAGGACAUCGUUAACGCAACUCUCACCUCCGGACAUGGGAGCUACUGGACCAUCAUGACCUUGUACCAAGAUUCGCAGUACAGCAAGCCAUUCACUCAAAGCCCUAUCCUGCUCACUGUCAAUCACAGGGCCUAUGUGGCCAUCAGCAUUUUGGGAGCAGACCCCACCCACUUUGUGACAACCUUGUCAUCAUGCUGGGCUACUCCGGAGAGGGAUCCUUCCUCCACCAUUCGGUGGGAUCUCAUCACCAACCAGUGUCCCAACCCUCGAGAUAACACAGUGGUAGUUGAGGAGGAUGGUGUAUCUCUCGUUGGUCGUUUCUCCUUCAACGUCUUUCGGUUCAUCCCAGACUUGGAAGAGGUGUUCCUACACUGCCGUGUCCGCCUCUGCAGCUUCCCUACAGCCCAGUGCACAGUGGUGAGUUAG